AUGAACCCUUGCCGGGUAUAUAGAGAUGUGCCCUCUGGGAACAGUGAUCAGCCACCAACUCAGCUUUUGCCACCAGUUGCUCAACCAGAGGACGAACCACCAGCUGCUCAACCUGAGCCACCAGCUUCCUUCGAGUACAUCGAGUCAGAUGAUGAAGGACCUGAGCCGCAGGUUCCCUUUGACCUACCAUGGAACUAUGAGGAGGAGCCUGCGUCCAACCAACCAACACCCGCGAUUCGGCCUCCUCAGCCCUGCGAUCCGGCACCCCAGAGCCCUGCGAGCCGACCUCCUAGCCCUGCGAGUCAGCCUCCUAGACCUGCGAGCCAGCUCACUACCCCUGCGAGCCAGCCCCCGAAUCCUACAUCAACGUCAAGCCACCAUGAGGAAAGCACCUACACAGCAAAGCAGCUGGAGGCAAUGAAAGACUUUACCCUACAUGUGACUGACGAGCUUGGUAGGAACGGUUUUCUGCGAUGUAUUCAGGCCCUCUCAAAGGAUGCUAUGGAAAAUCAUGAGGGCUUCUCAAAAUUCAAGAGCCUGGCAGCCUCCUUGAAAGCCUCAUUCCAGAAAGAAAGCCUCGAAACCCCAUCCAGAGAACCACUGAGCCUCGAUGACACACUCAGAGUGCCAAGAUUCACAGGAAAGGGAAAACAGAAGAAGAAAAAGUUAACACCGACAAUGCACUACGUGCUUAGUGGUGCAGAGCACAGAGAAGCAAUUAAGCUUAAAGAACAUGGAAAACAGAAAGAGGAAAAGGAGAAGUUGGCGAGGAAGACGACAAGAGAAGAUAAGGCAAGAGAGAAGAGAGAGGAUCUUAAGAAAAAGAGAUGA